AUGUGGCGCGAGGCGAUGCGGCGGCGCCGCUACCUGCGGGACCGCGCCGAGGCGGCAGCGGCGGGCGGCGAGGGGCCGCCGCGGUCCCGGGACUGGCUGUACGAGUCGUACUACCGCAUGAGCCAGCAGCACCCGCUCAUCGUCUUCCUGCUGCUCAUCGUCAUGGGCGCCUGCCUCGCCCUGCUCGCCGUCUUCUUCGCGCUCGGGCUGGAAGUUGAAGACCACGUGGCAUUUUUAAUAACAGUUCCAACGGCCCUGGCGAUCUUCUUUGCCAUUUUCAUCCUUGUCUGCAUCGAAUCCGUGUUCAAGAAGCUGCUACGUGUUUUCUCGCUGGUGAUAUGGAUGUGUCUCGUUGCCAUGGGAUACCUGUUCUUGUGCCUUGGAGGCACCAUCUCUCCCUGGGACCAGGUGUCCUUCUUUCUCUUCAUCAUCUUCGUGCUGUACACCAUGCUGCCCUUCAACAUGCGGGACGCCAUCAUCGCCAGCGUCCUCACCUCCUCAUCCCACACCGUCGUGCUGAGCGUCUGCCUGUCUGCGAGGCCGGGAGCCAAGGACCACCUGGUCUGGCAGAUCCUGGCCAACGUGAUCAUCUUCAUCUGUGGGAACCUGGCCGGCGCCUACCACAAGCACCUCAUGGAACUGGCUCUGCAGCAAACCUAUCAGGACACGUGUAACUGCAUCAAGUCCCGCAUCAAACUGGAAUUUGAAAAGCGCCAGCAGGAGCGGCUGCUGCUGUCCCUGCUGCCAGCCCACAUAGCCAUGGAGAUGAAAGCCGAGAUCAUCCAGAGGCUGCAGGGCCCCAAGGCAGGUCAGAUGGAGAACACGAACAACUUCCACAACCUGUACGUCAAGCGGCACACCAACGUCAGUAUCUUAUAUGCUGACAUUGUGGGGUUCACCCGGCUCGCAAGUGACUGCUCCCCAGGGGAGCUUGUCCACAUGCUGAAUGAGCUCUUUGGGAAGUUUGAUCAAAUUGCGAAGGAGAAUGAAUGCAUGAGAAUUAAAAUUUUAGGAGACUGCUAUUACUGUGUUUCCGGACUCCCUAUAUCUCUCCCUAACCAUGCCAAGAACUGUGUGAAAAUGGGAUUGGAUAUGUGUGAAGCCAUAAAGAAAGUGAGGGAUGCCACUGGGGUUGACAUCAACAUGCGUGUAGGUGUGCACUCCGGGAAUGUCCUGUGCGGUGUGAUUGGCCUGCAGAAGUGGCAGUACGACGUGUGGUCACACGAUGUCACCUUGGCCAACCACAUGGAGGCUGGAGGAGUCCCUGGACGCGUUCACAUUUCUUCUGUCACCUUGGAGCACUUGAAUGGAGCUUACAAAGUGGAGGAAGGAGACGGUGACAUCAGAGACCCGUACCUAAAGCAGCAUUUGGUGAAAACCUACUUUGUAAUCAACCCCAAGGGAGAGCGACGGAGUCCCCAGCACCUCUUCAGACCCCGCCACACCUUGGAUGGAGCCAAGAUGAGGGCUUCUGUCCGCAUGACCCGAUACCUGGAGUCCUGGGGGGCGGCCAAGCCCUUCGCACACUUGCAUCACAGAGACAGCAUGACCACAGAAAACGGGAAGAUCAGUACCACGGAUGUUCCAAUGGGCCAGUAUAAUUUUCAAAAUCGUACCUUAAGAACUAAGUCACAAAAGAAAAGAUUUGAAGAAGAAUUGAAUGAAAGGAUGAUUCAAGCUAUUGAUGGAAUCAAUGCACAGAAGCAAUGGCUGAAGUCUGAGGACAUUCAGAGAAUCUCACUGCUUUUCUAUAACAAGAUUCUAGAAAAAGAAUACCGAGCCACCGCACUGCCAGCGUUCAAAUACUACGUGACAUGUGCUUGCCUCAUCUUCUUCUGUAUCUUCAUCGUGCAGAUUCUCGUACUGCCCAAAACGUCCGCCCUUGGCCUCUCCUUUGGAGCUGCAUUUCUCUCCCUCACCUCCAUCCUCCUCGUCUGUUUCGCUGGACAGCUCCUGCAAUGCAGCAAAAAAGCGUCUGCCUCGCUCAUGUGGCUGUUGAAGUCAUCGAGCAUCAUCGCCAACCGCCCGUGGCCUCGGGCCUUGCUCACAGUCACCACCACCACCAUCGUGUUAAUCAUGGCAGUGCUCAACAUGUUUUUCCUGAGUGACCCCCCUGUGGAGACAAUCCCUCCAGCUGCCAAUGCAUCCAAUGCAAGCGUUUCCGCCGCAGAUCAGCAGGCGCUGCUCCGUGCGCAAAACUUAUUUUUUCUCCCGUAUUUCAUUCACAGCUGCAUUCUGGGCUUGAUCUCCUGCUCGGUCUUCCUGAGGGUGAACUACGAGCUGAAGAUGCUGGUCAUGAUGGUGGCACUGGUGGGCUACAACACCAUCUUCCUGCACACCCACGCCCACGUCCUGGACGCCUACAGCCAGGUCCUGUUUGACAGACCAGGUAUUUGGAAAGACCUGAAGACCAUGGGCUCUGUGUCUCUCUCUAUUUUCUUCAUCACGCUGCUCGUUCUUGGUAGACAGAAUGAAUAUUACUGUAGGUUAGACUUCUUGUGGAAGAACAAGUUCAAAAAAGAGCGAGAGGAGAUAGAGACCAUGGAGAACCUCAACCGUGUGCUCCUGGAAAACGUGCUUCCCGCCCAUGUGGCCGAACACUUCCUGGCCAGAAGCCUGAAGAACGAGGAGUUAUACCACCAGUCGUACGAGUGCGUGUGCGUCAUGUUCGCCUCCAUCCCUGAUUUCAAGGAGUUCUACACCGAGUCAGACGUCAACAAGGAGGGCUUGGAGUGCCUCCGGCUCCUGAAUGAGAUCAUCGCUGACUUUGACGACCUGCUGUCCAAGCCCAAGUUCAGCGGGGUGGAGAAGAUCAAGACCAUCGGCAGCACGUACAUGGCAGCGACGGGCCUGAGCACGGUGGCCAGCCAGGAGCACACGCAGGAGCCAGAGCGGCAGUACAUGCACAUCGGCACCAUGGUGGAGUUUGCGUUUGCACUCGUGGCGAAGCUGGACGCCAUUAAUAAGCACUCCUUCAACGACUUCAAGCUGCGCGUGGGUAUCAACCAUGGGCCUGUAAUAGCUGGCGUCAUUGGCGCUCAGAAGCCACAGUAUGACAUAUGGGGCAACACUGUCAACGUGGCCAGCAGGAUGGACAGCACUGGCGUCCUGGACAAGAUACAGGUCACCGAGGAGACCAGCCUCGUGCUGCAGACGCUGGGGUACACGUGCACGUGUCGGGGAAUCAUCAAUGUGAAAGGCAAGGGGGACCUGAAGACCUACUUUGUCAACACGGAGAUGUCGCGGUCCCUGUCCCAGAGCAACGUGGCGUCCUGAAGCGUCGCUCGCUUCCCGGGAGGUACCGCACCCUUGCUGUUUGUCCCUUGCCUUCAUGUGCGUGCCCCGUCCCCUCCGCUGGACCUUGCUCACGAGCCCCCUGACCCGGUGGCAUCGUUGGGUGUCUGCGUGUGCCCGGGUCGCCCUCCACUCGCACUCUGCUUCGUCAGGCAAAAGGAGAGAGGAGCGUGCCGGAGAGCGAAGGCAUUUCAGGAACUGGCAAAGAGGAGAAAAGUUAAGCAAACACAAAAUUCUAAGGCAAUAAAACUAGGGGGGGGGUGUAUAUUACCUUCGGGUGCAUGUUCUUUUCUGGAAAACGUGGUCGCUCGCAACUGCUUCCACGCGUCGGCUAUUCAAACACAGUAUUUGUGAAGACGUUGAUUUUGUUGCCACCCAUGGAGUUUCUGCUUACCCACCUCCAUGUCUUGUGGCCAGCGGCCAUCCUUAGGGCUCAGCUGGACCCCGAGGCUUGUGUCGCCUUGCUGUGCCAUGUCUCGUGGCAGCGUGCGUUGCCAUCCCACGCCAGAGCUAGCUCUCACAGCCUAGGGCCAGUUUUGUACCCAACUCGUCUCUUGUUUCGAGUCCAUCUGUCUUUUGUAAGGUUAAUUCAUUAAAAAUUUUCUGUACUUUG